GAGGGCUCUACUUACGACGGGCGCGUACUUAAUAACGCUCGUUCGUACUAUAGAUUUACGGCGCCGGAAGGUCGAUAUUAUCUCGUAGAUACUAGCUAUCUAAAUAAUGCCCUAUAUCUUGUUCUAUACCGUAGUAUAAGGCACUAUUUGCGAGAGCAAUACUUGUUUAAUCUAAGGUAUACUUCCCUCCGUAACGUCGUCGAACGGACAUUUAGAGUAAUAAAG